GUGCGGAUUCCUAUUUGAACGGUCCCGAUCUAAUACCGAGUGACAAUUAAUAGAGUGACCAACGACGGUAUAGUUCUAUUUAAUUUAUCUUAAUUGAUUUUGCACAAAAAAGAAGCCACACACGCUCCCUUUCCCCCGGCAGCGCCGCAGCAGCCGAUCGACGACGGUGGCAGAAUUUCGAGGUGAUACCUCGCCGCAUUCGACCGUUGGUCAGUGCCGAUUGUGCCCUCGCCGGGAGAAGAUACACCUAAAGUGAAAGAAGAUACAGAUCUCUGCGAUCUGUGCUGCUCGCCGAAGACGCCCGCGCCACGCUCGAGUUCUAAUUGUCGCGAUCUAUCAAUUUCUCGGAAGAUAAGGUCAUUUUGAUCAACGUGUGUUCAACUGAAGCGAGGCAGUGAUACCCACGAGUGGCCCAUGUGCUGUGUUGUUUAUGAAUGAAUUCCAGCCGGUGUAACCGAGUUACGAAUCUGAGUGAAUUGAAUUGUGCUGCUGCCUUUUAACGAAGCCAUUUCCGCCAGCCGGUGUAAAUAAGUGCAGACUAUUGUAUUUUGAUUUGCUUUCCCCGGGCUGUAGCCGUAGAGCCCAGUAGAGCCAACAUCAGUUUGUUUCGUUCGAUCACAUUACCGUUCUGUUGUAGACACCUGCCUAUUUAUUUUUGCAGCGCUUUUUGCAAUACAUUCGUUCGGAUUAAUUUAGAAUCAUGGUCACCAAAAUAUGGCGGAGUUGCUUUCCGUCAUCCGAAAACUCACCACAUCACGUCGAACGGCAUCACUUCUAUCUGUGUCAGUGGCAAACUAACACACAGGUCGGGAUAUGCUACCUAAUGUAUCGGUUAAUCGUGGCCAUACUGUUACUGGCAGUAUUGGCCUGCUCGGCGCUGGACAUUGGCCGAUCGGAACCGAUGCUGGAGCAUCACUACGCCAAAUGGUGGAUCUACCUGACGCACUGGGCACUGAUAGCGUGCGCCCUGCAGGCCUGGCUGGCUGCAAUUAUCGUUACCAAAGGACUGAUGAUUGACCGGAACGAGUUCGAAUGGAAUAUUCAUGUUGCCCGGGAGAGUCGACUGCAUGCCGUCUAUUGGGUUGUCUACACGAUUGCCACAGUUUACUCGUUCAUCGUCACGAUAGUCUAUUGGACGUUUGUUUACGACCCGGAGAUUCACCGAGUGGACGCCGUGAAUCUGAUGGUGCACGUGCUCAACUCCGUCAUAAUGCUAAUCGAUUUGACCAUCGUGGGACACCCAAUCAGGCUGAACCAUGCCUACUGGACGACCGGCAUCGGCGUGCUGUAUGCGCUGUUCUCGGUCAUAUACUACCUGGCUGGCGGCACGGACAGGCACAACGAGUCCAGCAUCUACAAGAUGCUCGACUGGCAGAAGCCGGGCAAGUCGAUUGUGAUUUGUGUGCUGGGAGUCUUUUUCGUGUUUGUCAUCCACUUCCUGUGCUACUGCAUGUACUGCCUGCGGGUGUGGCUGUAUGCGCGGUUCUGCCUCCCGGAGCCCAUCCGAAAUGGGUCCCGCAGUGGCGAGAAGAUUAGCUGCAUCACCAGAAGCCUCUCGACGAUGGAGGAAUCCCAGCGGGAGCAGUUCCUCAACCCGUCGACCGUCAUCGAUCUCAAGUGAUACGAGGAAGCAGCGCAGCAGCAGCAGCAACAACAACAACCGCAGCCGCAACCCUCCGGUUCCGGCUCCAGUUCCGCCUACCGGGCCGGGGGCACCGAUCCUUCGGCCCAGCCACAGAAACAACACAAGCAGCAGCAACAACAACAACAUCACCAACAGCAGCGACAGUAUCAUCAAGAGUAUCAUCAAGAGACACAGCAGCAGCCAUUCACAUGCUCUCGUUAGCUCAAGUAAUUUAUGAUAACCUUCUUAAGAGUCAUUGUUCGGUAGUAUAUCGUUCGGAAGGACAAAUUAUCCUUCAGAUUGUUUGAUUAAAAAAGGAAAUUUAAACUCUUAACAAUAACCUAAAUGGCGACGAAAGUAACAGUGAGUUGUUUAGCGCAGUAACAAUUCGUGUAAAUUGGUACUAAAAUUUUAAGUAGGGUGUUAGCUCUGAAGGUGAGUUUUUUGUAUACAACAGUUUUAAACUAAAGAAAGUUUAAAGGAGAAUAUUAAUCGACUGUUAAGAAGCAUUGAGAAAAUGCGGUAGAAUCAUUGAACUAUAUAUUCUAUAUUAUCACAAUUAGCAAAGGGCCGGUGUGAUUGAUGAUGCAGUUUUCGAUCUCAGGAUAUAAAAUGUUUGGCAUUUAAGCAGUGAUAAGCACGUUCCUAUUACACACAACAGUAUUGCUCUGAUGAUUGUAUUAUCUUCAUACUAAGUUACAUUCUUUGAGAUGUGAAAUUGCCAAUAGACAUAAUUAAUCAUUUAGCUAUUAUACAAGCACUAUCAUUACGAAGAUAUUUUACUUUUUAGUACCAGUCUGAAUAUUUAGUCAAUUUAGGUCGUUAAUCAAGGAUCAAUUUAGGUAGUUUACUAUAUCUUUUGAAUUAUUUCCUUAUUGCACCUCAAUGAUAAUUGUGACAUUUGCAUGCUAGAAGUAUCUAAUUGAAAAUAAAAAUGAAUAACGAAGAA